AUGGAUGCCUUGAAACGAGGUGGUACUCUGACGCUGCUGAGCUGUCUGGCGGUGGCCGGGUGGGCGCGGCCGCAGGCGCCCGUGGCGCGGCUCGGUGCGCCGCUCGCCUACAGCUACAGCUACUCGGCGCCGCAGCAGAGCCGGCAGGAGGAGCGUGACGUGCUGGGUAACGUGCACGGCUCGUACAGCGUGCGCUACUCGGGCGGUGGACAGCUCACGCACACCUACUCGUUCCCCAACCGGCUGCCGGUGUUCCGCACCACGCAAGAGGGCCCGCUCGGGCCCGUCGGCACGCUCGUCUCGUUGCGGAACCCCAAGGACAGAGUGUUCCUGAUCGAGAUGCUGGCGCAGCAGCAGGACACGCGAGCGCCGUCGAUCCUGACCAAGACGGAUGCAGUGCUGACGAAUGCGCUGCCCGUGUUCGUGAACAGCAAAGUGUCGGCGGCGCUGAUCGAUCUGCGCCUGGAGAGCGAGGCUGCCGGCGACGUGCGGCAGGAGCUUCAGCUUCGAGAUCCCGGCGACGCCAUCGUGGUGGAGGCGGCGCCGGAGCCGACGGCCGAGGACGGCAGCCGCACGCCCGUCUUCGUCAACAGCAAGGAGUCGUCGGCGCUGCGCGUGUUCCGGGUGCAGAGUCUGCGCGACGGUCUGACGGGUCGCGCGCCGCCGCUGGUCGGUCCAGAGGAGAUCAUCGUGGAGGCGGCCAGCAGUUCAUAGGCACCGCCAGGUGCGAGGGAGGGGAGGCAUUCGCUCCAUGGGCGGCGCCAGCGUGUGUUUGACGGGAGGGAAAAUCAGAGUCUUAUAGACGGAG